AUGCCAUCCAAUUACAAUCCAGAAACAGAUGUCCCAGACCUGACAGGCAAAUCAAUAUUCAUAACAGGAGGAACAAAUGGCCUAGGCGCAACCUCAGCAGCCCAUCUAGCAAAUCACAACCCAUCGCACAUCUACAUAAGCGGCCGCAACGAGACCCGCGCCCAGGAAACAAUAAACAACAUCAAAUCCAUCAACCCGUCUGUGGCAACAACAUUCAUCAAAUGUGACCUCACCUCCCUACCCUCAAUCAAGCAAGCCGCCGAAUCCUUCACAUCCCAAUCCCCUCCCCCGAGGCUAGACAUUCUCAUGUGCAACGCGGGCAUAAUGGCCGUCUCACCAGGCCAAACAAGCGACGGCUACGAAAUCCAGUUUGGAACAAACCACCUCGGCCACGCGCUGCUAAUCAAGAAACUCCUUCCAACAAUGCAAGCCACGUCCGACGAUCCGCGUAUCGUUAUUCUCACCUCGCAGGGCUGGGCAUUCCACCCGCGUUGCGGGAUCAUGUUUGAUUCAUUGAAAACAGGGCAGAAUAUGUGUUUACUUGGUCCGUGGCAACGGUAUGGGCAGAGUAAAUUGGCUAAUUUGCUUUAUGCGCGUGAGCUUGUGAAGAGGGUUGACGGGGUUAAAGUUUUGGCUAUUCAUCCGGGAAUCGUGAGUACAGGUUUGGUCGAUGCGUUGAGUCUGAAGAAUCGGGCUAUUGUUUAUGCUACUGCUUGGUGGAGGUUUGUGAAGCCUGAGGAGGGGGCGUUUAAUCAGGUUUGGGCUGCUACUGUUGAUUUUGGGGGCCGGGUUGGCGAGGAGAAGGGUAAGGGUGGGGAUGAGGGCGUCGUCAAUGGGGGGUAUUAUGAGCCUGUUGGGCAAUUCAUGGAGAAAUCUUUGGAUUCUGUUGCCUUGGAUAAAGAGGGCAAGCUUGCCGCGAGGCUGUGGGAGUGGACGGAGGAGGCUCUGAAGGGACUCUAA